UUAUCUCGCUGAAAUACGCAAUGGAAAACUUUAAUAUUCUUUUUUUUCGGAAUGGAGAAAAAAGCUUAGGGUCACCUGUCUUAUUCGAUUCGCGUGGGUCCAUUACCUUACGUAUUGCCAUCCGCGAGUAAUUAACAUAAAAGCGAUAAAUUAAGAACCCCGUGGAACACGACGACAGUCGGCACUUUUGUAUGAGAAAAAACACUUUAUGUUAGAAAAAAAACCGCAAACGCGUUUGUAAAAAAUUUUAACUAAUAAAAAAGUCAAACGUUUAAUUUUUGGUACAAACUAAGUUUGAAUUUGACAUUUCUCGAUAUGAAAGUAACGUAUCAACUUCUUAAUGUAACUUUUUUAAUUGGCCAGAAGCUUUUAUCGCAACAAAGUUAUAUGAUGUUACAGAGAAAAUGUAUAUGCAAUUAACGUAAUGUUACACGUAAUUUCUUAAUCAAUUAUGUAUCAAAUACGUUACUACAGCACGCAGAAAUAAUUGAUAAUAACCGUUUUCAUGUCGGUGUAGAGAUGCUGAUAUUUGUGUACUCAUAAAUUAUUUUCUGAGGAGAUCAGAGGUCAGUGUGCUGAUGUUCCCGAUAUAUCGACAGUUAUAUAUCGUGCUCAUCACUUACGGUUCCCGAGUUAAUCGUUAAGACUAUAAGCACUCAAUUCAAUAUGCUAUUAAUUAUGCACCAACGUAGUUCGCUACAUAAUAGCACCUUGAAAAUUUUCAAGGAAAAAGAAAUAUACUUCUUUGUUAAAAUGUACAAUACAUUUUGUGCACGCUUGGUAAUAGUAUUCUGUGAUUUCGCAUAGAACAAGCUUUUCCACUACAGCACUGUAAUGAUAAACAAACGUUAUCGUAUAGUGCUUAACGAACUUCAGUUUCGAUUACACUUUGCAACUCGACAGACAUCCCAUACCGCGCGUUAUCUUAUUUCUCGACUUAGAUAUCGGACAUGCGACCAUUGUACAUCGUAAUUACAUUGCUGCCCAUUUUCGUAAUGGGAGUCGAGGAUGUAACCGCGUGCAAUUGCGAGCACUGUGACGAGGAAAAAGUGAUCGGGUUGGGAGAGAAGGAGACUACUACUCAGGCCAUGUAUGCGGAGGACAGUGAUAAUGAUGGUAAUCGGACAAUUUGCGCCAGAAAUCGUGAUUUUAACGAUCGCACAUUUCCAAGCGUCUGUUACAUGCUGUGUUACAAUCGUUGCACUAGAUACCGAAUGACGGUAGUUGAAAAGAAUGACGUGAAGAAGUACGUUGUAAUUGCAUACAGAGAGAAUUAUUAUAAAUUGCGAGAUGGACCGUGCUGAAAGAGAAGAUUAUUAUGUGCUUCAACAGAAUCGUAAUCGAAAAGGUCGAUGUGUUCAAUUAUUAAAUAAGUUUAUAAGCAGCAGUUUCGCGAAAUAUUGAAGUUUUUAUAUUAAUAUACGAAGAAAAUGUAUAUUUUAGUUUUAUCAUCCUUAAUGGUUUUUUUCCAAUGUACUCUCUUUAAAUAUAGACGUAACUCAAGACGGUUAAAUACAUUUUUUAAGUAUCUAUUGCAGUAUAGAGCGAGUGUUGUGUGUAAUCAGGAUUCCACACGACGGCUUGAAAUACGGUAAGAACGCGAGGAAAAGUACAUCGAGAGCAUAGCGUAGGCAGAGCUUACCGUGAUCAAGGAAGCCGUACUUUCAAAGUGAGAGUCUUUCUAUUGCACUACGUGCCGAAUUUCGCAAUAUUCUUAAUGUGAAUACCUUAGAUGUAUGUAGCAAGCUUUUGGUAACCGAAACUGCGUUUCAAAUGUAUUUACAAAAAUAUUACUUCGCUAUUUGUGGUACAGCUUUACUUUCUAAGUCGUAAUGGUAUUUUUAUCGUACACUCUGAUGUAUGUGUGUAAAUAUCUGAUAACGUAGAUGAUUUUAAAUGUGUUUUGCUGCAUUAGAUUGCACGUGAAAUUAUAGAAGUGAUUCCAUCCUAGGUUUUAUUCUGCAUUCAUGUUAACGGUUUUGAAAUAUAAUUAAAUUACAAAAAGAGAACGCGUUACUUGUGAGUUUCACAGGUUUCAGAAUAA